AUGCAUGUAUUCGUCACAGGAGGUACCGGCUUCGUCGGCAGAGCAGUCAUCCAAGAACUGAUAGGGGCAGGGCACACCGUGCUGGCCCUCACUCGUUCCGAAAAAGGCGCACAACAACUAGCCAAUCUCGGCGCCGACGUGCAUUUCGGAACCCUCGACGACUCUGAAAGUUUGGCAAAGGGGGCUGCUGCCUCAGAUGGUGUCAUUCCAUUGUGCUUUUCGACUGGCCUUGGAAAAGGCUCCUGCUGGCUCAACCCUCCACGGCGAGGCUGA